AAACCAAUGUUUCAGUAUUGAAAAACGUAGACUUAAGUUAGAAUUAUAAACCUAUCCUAUUAAAUAGUUAUGAUUAUGAAUUUGUACAGCAAAUUUCCCUUCAUACAUACGCCAAUCAACUGUCAAGAGCAACAACUGUUUCCUGCGCACAAUGUAUUAAAUCUGAACAUUUUUCCCACAGAUUCAGUUGGCAAUAUGUUUGCUAUCAUAAUAACAUUACUAAUACCACUAGUGCUUUGCCACGAAGGCAACAUUCAUUUAUUAGAGGAAGAAAUAUCGGAAGCUUUACGGUUUUGUUCUUUGGAAGUUCCGAAGAGUCGUCAACGUCGAAGUAACAAUUAUUAUACGCGUAUUGAUGGGAACAAAGAAAACUACAAUCAAUAUUUUCACGAACGUAGAAAUAAUAGCCAGGAAAAUCGGAUACACGUACUAAAUGCCACAGACUAUGAUUAUAUGGGCUUUGGAGCUGGGGAUGUUGGUGAAAAAUAUAUAAAAACCAUACCCCGUCCGGCUUUGAACUAUAAUAACAAUAGCAACUAUUUAUAUAGAAAUAAACGGGAUUUUCUAGCUAAGGAUACGGAUCAGUGCCUGAGUCAAUGCGUGUUUGCCAAUUUACAAGUGAUUGAUUCAAGGGGAAUUCCACGAGAAGCGGAAUUAUGGAACAAGAUUCAAACAUCGCUCCCUUCACAACAAACCAGAACGCUCCUUAAGGAUCAAGUCCACGCUUGUUUUGUAGAGUUGGAGUCUGAAUCGGAAGAGAACGGCUGCUCGUAUGCACAUAAACUGGAGCGAUGUUUGAUGCUAAGAAUCUCUGAUCGGAAAACCAAUGUAACGCAAACCACGGAUAGCAAUAAUAAAUAAAUAAUAAAGGAUAUGGAUAGGCGAUGUCUUUCCUUAAAAUUAUACUGAUUAUGCUAUUGUAUUAUAAAUUAUUAGAUUAAUAUACCGUACUCAAUAAUAAUUUUAGGCAGUUAUUAAUGGCGCAGAAGUCAGUUAUUUUGUGCACGGAAAAUUGCCAAAACUAUACUUAGCGCUAAGUCUGACUCCCGUACGACAAAAAUGUAUUGAAUUUUGACAUUAGAGCACACAGCACAAAGCAGAAUUCAAGCUAAGUAUCUCGUUUGAAGGUUACCCACGUAACAUAGACUAGGGGACCUUCAAGGAGAGAGCGUACCAUUCCCUGAAAGAUCAGCAUCACAACAGCAACAGUCCCCGGCGUUGCAGGUGUCCAUAGGCACUUUGUUCAUUGACCCGUCUGCUUGUUUGCGCGACCCAUAAAAUAACAUUGAAGGAAAUAGGUGGCACAGUUCGU